AUGAUUUUGAAAAUAAAGCCGCCUCAGGGCGUGAAGCCUCAAGUGCAGGAGCGAGUGAAGGAAGAAAAAAAUGGAAAGAAGACAUUCACCCCUUGCGAGGACAGAUGUCCCGGGGACCCGUGGGCGUAUUGUAUAGUGCUGUGGUGUGCUUGUGCUAUGAGCCUGAUCUCGAGCGGCUACAGCUUGUACAAGCAGCAAGGCUUGCAGGACAGACUGUCAUUGCUUGAGGAGCAGCAUUUAGCCUUGAGGAGUGCAGUCUUGGAGCCGCAGCAGCCCCUGGUGGAGAGACUGCGGCGGGAGGUGCUCGCGAGACCUCCACCUAGUUACUGGAGGCCGAGGAGGAGCAUCAGAGACUACGGAGACUGCGUCUGUCCAUCAGUUUGUUUAGGACGGAACAGAUUUAGAGGUCGCUACCAGCUNAGCCCGCUGCUGUAUAGCGUCACCAUAGUACUCGUGCAACACUAUGAGCUGGGCGACUGGUGCGCGGCGGCGUGCGACGGGCUUCAAGCGUACACGUGGGCAGGCAGGGAGGCCGAGCUGGGUGCUCGCCUGCCGCUGUUACUGCACCUGUUCACUGCUGGCAUCUUCCAGAACGACCGGGUGCUGGAAGAGGCGACGCGCCUGCCGUGGCAGCGGCUGCCGGAGCCCGCGCUGGAGGAGGCGCUGGAGCGCUUCUUCGCGCAGCACUACAGCCUGGCCGUGCCCUACCAUGAGCUGCCACAGUUCAGGGUAUUGCUUUACGCGGCGGAGCUCCGCUGGCCGCCAGAGAGCCUCGGCAGCGUCAGCGUCAGCGGCUGCAGCCGACAGAAGCGCGGCCGGCUCGUGUCCACGUGGGUGCGCAGUGCCAGUGCGCCCCCGCUGGCCCCCCACGUGGCCCCCCACACGCGCGCGCUGCUGGGGGCCAUCAGCGUGGCAGCGCCUCACUUGACAAGAUCUGAGGGCGAAGUGGAAGAGCUGCUGAGUCGUGCAAUGGUUAUCAUGUGCAUCGAGUCUGCCGCCACCGCCGCGCUAUCAGUGUGGGAGCAGUGGGUGCAGACGGCGCCGCCUCUUUUAUCUCGCGCCGUUGUAUACUGUGUGCACACGCUGACCGCCUACGAACCGUAUGCGUCGCUCGCUGACGCCUGCGUGCGCGCAUACUUUAGCAGUCCUGAGUGCUCAGGCUGGUCGUCCAUAGCCGUGCUAUGGCGAGGCGGGCACUGGCGCGAUGCAUCCCCGCUGUGCGCCCGCGCACGCCUGCACGCCGCCUACGUCACGCUCGCGGCGCACGACCACGCCCCCAGCGCUAUACGCGCCGCGCUAUUGGCGCUACUUGCUGCUGAAGUAGACUUCAUCGAACACGAAGUCAUCGUAGCCGUAUGGAUCUGCGCCGCGUGCCGGCUCGUGCGUGAGCUGAGCUUCGAGGCCGCCGAGGGCGAAGCGCGGGCCGCGGCGCACGCGCUGCUGACGCGCUGUGCCGAGCCGCCGCGCCGCUCGCUACUGCAACUUGUGUCGCUGCAGGCGUCCAAAGGCAGCCCUACUCAGGCGCAUCGUCUCCUCUCUCUAUUCGCGUUGUGCGUGCUCUCUCCCACGGCAACCGGCGAGGCGCGCGCGUUCGAAGCGGCUUGCGGAGCGGUCCAAGGUUUGGGGCCCGACGUGGCCAGCUGGGGCCGCGCCCCACAUCCCAAGAGGCUGCCAAGAUUGGCUAUGAGACUGUACCCCAAUCACGAGAAGUACUUCAGAGAAGAACUGGAUAUGGUGCCCGAAGAAAACACUUGAAGGUAAAAUUUAUUAUUCCAUGGUUUUAUGCGAGC